GACCUCUGCCGCUCCUCAUCGCGAAGCAGGAUACCAAUAGCUACUAGGACGCGAGCACGCCUUUUCCAGUGUGAGCACAUCCUUAUAGACGCGAGUGCACGCGAGCAGGCUUUCAAACUCGGACUUCGCCGAAAGCUUUAUGGACACGGUCGCAACAGAAGCACUGAAGAUUUGCGGCUUGUGGCUGAUACUCGUGUUGCGCCUCUCGUCAGUCGUUGCUGCGCGCUCUGUCAGGAUACUCCUUCGCUCUGCCAAGAUAUUCCUCUAUUCUGCCGAAAUAUUCCUCCGCUCUGCCGUUGUCAACGUCGUUGUGGCUAAGUACGCCGCGGACUUGGGUGACUCACUCACGCUAGGAGUCGCGCACGCUAAGAGCCGCGCCCGUGAUGCGCAACGCCCGGCAUCCUGCCUACGCGUGCCCUUGCUCUGCGCAACGCCCGGAGUCCUUCCUCUGCGCAUCUCGCGACACCCGCGAUACAUCACCUCGAGGCUAUCUUGUGCCUUUUCGACAUACAGAGUGAUACAGCCGACGUUGUAUUCACUGCGACGUACGAGGAUCACUCUUCGACAUGGGAGUCCGACGGCUCUCCUUCAACUGGCUGAAUACCUUCAUUCGACACGAUCACUGAAUUCGGAUUGUCGCGCUGAGUUUCCGGCGAGCCACACGAGCCCGCCGACCCCCGCGCAAAAGUAGAAAUCACCUGUGCGUCUCUCACGACGCGCGCGCACCUUUGGCCGCACGGCGCGCGUCUCUUGACCUCGAUGGCUUGCGCCUUUUGACAUCGACGGCGUGUUUGACCCUCUGCAUGUCAAACAUUGACGUUGCUAGCCCACCUCAAUGCAGCGGCUCUACGCUCUAGCAUGUCUACUUGCCUGUCCGCUAGCGCGGGUCCAUUGAAGUGGGUCUCGCUUGUACGGCCCGAGGCAUUCAGUGAACUAAGUCAGUACGCAAGUUCAGGGUUUGUC